CUCCCGCGUUUUAUAAAGUCGCUUGUCAAAGUAUUUUGCAUUGCACUAUUAUAGAACUAAUGUGGAUAAUAUUGUUAGCUUUUAUCGUAUUGUGCCUUGAAAUGUGAUUAUUAGUUAUAAAAGAAAAGAGCUUUAUUAUUAUUGGUUAUUUAAAUUUUAUGUUUAGAAUUAAUUUAGUUCAUCAACUUCAAUAUUUAAAAUGAAAACUCCCAAGUCUGAAGAAGCGGACGUAACACCUUCAAAGAAAAAACUAAAACAGGCCAGGCUUCCAUUUAAAUUAUUAAGCGGCGUUACACCUGCGACAGAAACUACUCAAACCAGAAAGAGAAAAUUAUCUGCACCUGAAAGUGAGCCUGUCACCAAAUUGGGUAAAGUAACAAAAGAGAACGACAAGAUCGAUGACUUGGUGGUUAUUAGUGACGAGGACAGUAAAGAUGCAACAAAGACACAGACAGUAGACAAAAAACUCAAUCCUUAUGUUAAAUUGGUAGAUAGUGCUCGGAAGAAAAAACAAAAGUCCAAAACAUUGAUGAAGAAAAAUGGCAAAGAUUCCAAGAAUGUUACAGGCCCUACUGAAACUAAAACUACAGAAGAUUCGGAAAAAUUAAAUGGAUCUACAUGUAUGGAAGUUGAUGAUAGCGAAAAAAAUAUUGAUAUCUCUUGUGAUGGUGAAUCUACAGAAUUUUCCAACAAAAAUAAUGACAUUAAUACAGAAAAUGAAAAAUGUACUGUAGAUAAUAUUGAGGUGAAUGUUAAGGAAAUAGCUGAAGAUUGUACUGCACUUAAGACUGAAAAAGAUGAGAUAAUAGAAGAUGGAGAUUGCAAUAAAUCCAAUAACAAUGAUGAACCAAGUAUGGUUACUCCCAAACGGAGCACAAGGAAUAGAUCGAAGUUAGAAAAUAAAUUGGACUUGAAUACAUCACAAACAAGUGAAGAAUCUGCCCAAUCAAAUAUAACACCCAGACAAACUCGGAAUUCAACAUCAAGCUGUUCAGAUAGGACUCCUAAUAAUUCUACACCAUUAACACCAAAACAGCAAAUCCAGAAGAAAUUAGACUCAGCAACAAAGAAAGAAGAGAAAGAUAAAGAGAAACAAGAACGAGAGAAGAAAAGGCUACAGGAAAAAGAAGAACGAGCUAAGCAGAAGCAGGAAAAGGAGGAGCAACGGAGGAAAGAACGGGAGGAAAAAGAAGAGUUAAAACGGAAAGAGAAAGAGGAAAAAGAAGAGCAAAAACGCAAAGAGAAAGAAGAGAAGGAAGAACAGAGACGAAAAGAAAAAGAAGAGAAAGAACGUCAGAAGGAUGUUGAAAAACGUAUGGAAGAAAAAGAAAAACUAAAGAAGAAAGAGAGGGAAGAAAAAGAAGAAAUGCGUAGGAAAGAAAAGGAAGCAAGGGAAGAAGAAAAGAAAAAGAAACAAGAGGCUUUAGAGUUAGAAAAACUAGAACAGGAACAAAAGAAAAAGAAAGCGGCUGAAGCUUUUGUGAAUUUCUUUGUUCCUAAACAGAAAACUGAGAAAGACCAGCACACAAUAGGUCCAGUUAGCAAAAACAGUGUAUUGUCCAGUUUCACAAUUAAGGCGGAUAUGAGAUUGGCGCCUACUACAAGAAAUUAUAUAAGUGAUGAACAAAAAGAAAAUUUAGAUAAAUUACUUGAAGGACAAAAUGCGCCAACUAAUAAACUGUAUGUAAAAAGUUUGAAAGAAGGUUCAAGCAAGCCUUUGUCAAGUGGAAAGACAUGGCCUUUAAGUGAUAAAGAAAAUGAUGAUGAUGUUAUGAUUGUGGAAGAUGAUUUACCACCUAUAGAAGAUGCUAAUGAAAUAUUAUCCUGUGAAACAUCUGUUCGUGAGAGGCUUCGGCCAAAACUAUUAAGUUUCCAUGAAAACAGAAGGCCACCAUACUGGGGCACUUGGAGAAAACGUAGCACAUUUGUUAAACCUAGAAGACCUUUUCAACAAGAUCAGAAACAUGUAGACUACGAGGUGGAUAGUGACGAGGAGUGGGAGGAGGAACAGGAGGGAGAGAGCAUCGACGGCAGCGCGGCCGGCAGUGACGACGAGCCUGAUGCAGACGAAUAUGAGGUCGAUAACGAGGUCUUCGUGCCGCAUGGAUACUUGAGUGAUGAGGAAGCCACUGUUGAUGAAGAUGAUGUUCUAUCUCUUUCACCGGAAACGCAAAAAGCGAGAUUGAAACAUCUUGAAGAUGAGUUUGAAAGUGAACUCAAAAAGCCUACGGAGAAAUUAAAACCUAGAAUGUAUGGGUUAUUAUGGGAAACAGCUGAUGGAGAGAAACCAGAAAAAUGUGUUGAUGCAUUGUGGAAUUACUUUAAGAAACUAUCAAUGAUUGUAAAUGAUACGACUACAUUGCUACAGCCGUCAAAUGAACCAGAUGAAACUGAUAAGAAAAAGAUAAAAAAGAAAAAAAGUACAUCCGAUGUGGAACAAACACAACCGAGUGCAGAAAAAAAGAAAAAGCCUAAGCAAGAAAAUAAAAACGUCAAAAGAGUGAAACCUGACACAAAGAAGCCAGUCCAAGAAGUGAAGCAGACACAGCCAGGAAUUAAUGCAUUUUUAACCAAAUUAAAAUCUCCAUAAAAAGUAUUAUGAAUGUUUAUAAUAAAUACAAUUACUUAUUCUAAGUUUUUACAUAGUAACUUAUAUAUCGCUAUGAAAAGCAGAACGGUAAAUUAUUAUAUAAACAUCUAACAAUUGUUUACAUGUACGUUAAAACAUAAUAAACUUGAAUUUAUUUUAA